UUUUAUUUUUAAAAUGAUGGAUCGUGAUAAAUCGAUCCAUCAGAUAACAUCGUUAAUCCUCAAUCGUAUUUUGAUUUAUAAAAAAAUGCUGAUACAUUCUCAGAAAUACGUGGAUUUAAAUGAUCAUUUAUUUGUUUAAAGACAGAUUGUGACUCGCUAGGGUCAAGGUAAACCGAUCAAUAAAGAAUUGUAAUUCAGGAAAAUAAAGUUAUUUGUAGCAUGUAUUCCUUCUAGGUUGUUUAAAGCCCAUUGUUUCCAUUUCUUAAUCAAAUUACCUAUUAAGUAAACACUAUCUUUGUUUUUCUUUCUAAAUAUUUUUCUUUCUGAAUGCAUAAAGACAGAUAAUAAGUACCUGUCGUGUAAAGCUUUUCAACAAAUUGAAAUAAUUAACCAUUAAUCUAAGAAAGUAAACGUUCGAAUAUAGCGGGUUUUACAACCAUGUUUGUUGGAGCUACGUUCGCGAUGCUCAUGAUGGCGCUUGAAGUACAUGCCUGCAUUUUAGUAUGGGACUGGGUUAUCUACCGAGAAAUGUCAAUGCUGAGCCGCACCACAGCUGCUGACACACUUCUCAUCCAUUCCAACUGAUUUUAACAUAACCCUGCGGCACGCUCGGCCUGUUCGUUCCCCCAAAAUUUUCUCCGCAUGUGCGAAACGCGGUCGCCCAGCUCACGCCAUACCGCCCGUACGAAUCGUGUGCCUAAAGGUGAUCUCUCGAUGUGAAUGGUGCUUAAGGUACGUUGGUCGUUGAGAGACGGUACUACUCGCUUAUUGUGACGACUUGUUAAUCGUUGUCGGCGUAAUCAUGGCGGCGACCUCGUCACGGGUAGACGAACUCGUGCAAUCCGUCAGCCUGCACAAUCCACGGAAAUGGAUGUUCAACGGCUACAUCCUACCCUUCGUGAUGCUGCAGUCCCUGUGGAUUUACUGUUGGAUUUUCAUUUACGGAGUCGACGAGUAUUAUGACGCGGGCCUGGUCGGCAUCGCGGCGAUCGGCGUGCUGCAGAUUUUUCUGUGCCUGUGCUGUCAGUGGUCGGUGCACAUCCACACGUUCAUGAAUUGCAGCUCGGAAAAAGAUCCGUACAAGGCCAGGAUAGUUAAAGUGGUUCCUACUCCGAAUAACGGCAGCUCGGAACUGAUUAAAUUGCAUCACACGAAUCAGCAGGAGCCUUGGUUCAUUUUUCAAAAGACAAAAUAUUACUGGGAUCCGGACAAAAAGUCGUUCAGAGGAUUGCAGUUCCCAAUCAAUCAUUCCGUGAAACAUUAUUGUGAAUGGAAAGGGUAUCUUGAUCAAAAGGAAGUUGAGGCAGCGGAAGAAAAAUAUGGGAAAAACAAGUUGGAUAUGGUUGUACCAGAGUUCUGGGAACUCUUUAAAGAGCGCGCUAUCGCCCCAUUCUUCGUCUUUCAAGUAUUCUGCGUGGCACUCUGGUGCUUAGAUAAAUACUGGUAUUACAGUAUCUUCACGCUGAUCAUGCUUAUCAUGUUCGAGUGUACGCUGGUGCAACAGCAACUAAGAAACAUGGCUGAGAUUCGUAAAAUGGGCAAUAAACCAUACAUGAUAAUGGUGUACAGAAAUAGGCGAUGGCGCUUAUUAUUUACAGAUCAACUAGUCCCUGGGGAUAUUGUCUCUAUUACAAGGCCUCAACAUGAUAAUUUAGUGCCAUGCGAUAUGUUGCUUUUGCGAGGCCCAUGUGUGGUUGACGAAAGCAUGUUAACAGGUGAAUCUGUACCUCAAAUGAAGGAACCUAUAGAAGAUAUUGAUGGAAGUAGAGUUAUAGACAUCGAAGCAGAUAAACUUCAUAUACUUUUCGGUGGUACAAAAGUUGUACAACAUACGCCUCCUAGUAAAAAUACCCCCGGUCUUCGAGCGACCGAUAACGGAUGCGUUGCCUACGUACUACGUACUGGCUUUUCCACGUCACAGGGCAAACUCUUACGAACGAUAUUAUUCGGUGUUAAACGCGUUACAGCCAAUAACUUAGAAACUUUCGGUUUUAUCUUAUUCUUGCUUAUUUUUGCAAUUGCUGCCGCUGCAUAUGUUUGGAUUAAAGGCAGCGAGGAUCCUACGAGAAACAAAUACAAACUAUUUUUGGAGUGUACUUUGAUUUUGACAUCUGUUGUACCACCAGAGUUACCUAUAGAAUUGUCUCUGGCUGUAAAUACAUCACUGGUAGCUUUAGCCAAAUUAGGUGUAUUCUGCACGGAACCGUUUAGAAUUCCAUUCGCCGGCAAAGUCGACAUUUGUUGUUUCGACAAGACCGGCACGCUCACCAGUGACAAUUUAGUUGUCGAGGGUAUUGCGGGUAUCAACGGCAAGCCAGACGUAAUUCAAAUAUCAGAUGCAUCUUUGGAGAGUAUUCAAGUGCUCGCCACGUGUCAUUCCCUCGUUCAAUUAGACGAUGGUAUCGUUGGAGAUCCACUAGAAAAGGCUACUCUCAAAGCUAUCAAUUGGAAUCUCACAAAAAGCGAUUCUGUAAUUCCUAAGAAGGGCAAAUCUCCAGCAUUAAAGAUUGUGCAGAGGUAUCAUUUUUCAUCGGCUUUGAAAAGAAUGUGUGUGGUGGCUGGAUAUACUCUUCCUGGAGCUUCAGAAGUGCAUUACAUGGCUACGGUAAAAGGGGCGCCAGAGACUUUGAAGAAUAUGUUAGCUUCUGUGCCGGAAAAUUAUGAUUCAACUUACUUGUCUCUUUCACGACGCGGCGCGAGGGUACUCGCUUUGGGAUAUCGAAAGCUUACCGGCAGUUUAUCCUCUCAAGAUUUGAGAGAAUUAAAUCGCGAAAAGUUAGAGAGCAAUCUCACGUUUGCGGGAUUUGUCAUCAUCAGUUGCCCUCUCAAACCUGACUCGAAAGCCGUUAUUAAAGAAAUCGUCAAUUCAUCUCAUUCGGUCGUGAUGAUAACGGGCGACAAUCCUUUGACGGCUUGUCACGUAAGCCGCGAGCUACAUUUCACGAAGAAGCAUAGCACACUUAUACUGACUGAAAUUGAUGGCGCGUGGUUGUGGGAAAGCAUAGACAAGAUGACGCAACUUCCUCUAAGCAUGAAAAAUAUCGACUCGCGCAGAGAGAUCUGGAAGGACCAUGCGCUUUGCGUGACGGGUGAAGGCUUAUCAUAUCUCAAGGAAAAGCAACGGGAACUUCUCUGGAAACUCUUGCCCCAUGUCGUAAUCUUCGCGCGAUGCGAACCAAAGCAAAAAGAAUUUAUUAUCAUAUCGCUACAAUCUUUAGGUUAUACGACGUUGAUGUGUGGUGACGGGACAAACGAUGUUGGAGCAUUAAAACACACACAAGUGGGUGUUGCAAUUCUGUCCAGUCCACCUGAAAGGGUGCAUAAUGACAAGCGAGAAGAUCUAAGAAACGAUACUUUGCCGCCUGCAAACAACGGUCCAAGACACAAUUCGAGAAUUCAACCAGUGAGCACUCGUGCGAAGCUGCAGAAAAUCCUGAAGGAAAUCGAUAACGAGGUGCAGGAACAAUCCAUGAUCGUGAAACUCGGCGACGCUUCCAUCGCGGCCCCCUUCACCAGUAAAAUGUCAUCCAUUCAAUGCAUAUGUCACGUGAUCAAGCAGGGUCGUUGCACUCUGGUCACCACUCUGCAGAUGUUCAAAAUACUAGCGUUGAACGCACUAAUACUUGCCUACAGUCAGUCGGUGUUGUAUCUGGAUGGAAUCAAAUUCAGUGACGCACAGGCGACUUUGCAGGGUGUCUUGCUAGCGGCAUGUUUUCUCUUCAUCUCACGAUCGAAGCCGCUAAAAACUCUGUCGCAGCAAAGACCGCUCCCAAAUAUCUUUAAUUUAUACACCAUUGUAACUGUAUUACUGCAGUUUGCUGUUCAUUUCAUUUGUCUUGUCUACUUGGUGAGAGAAGCUACCAUUUUGUCUCCAAAGGACGAUAAGUUGGCAGCUAUCUUGAACACUUCUCACGAAGCGAAUUCAUUAGGAGAAAAUGACGACGAGGAAGAACCCUUUGAGGCGAAUAUAAUUAACAGUACUGUGUAUAUAAUCGCGAUGUCUCUUCAGGUUUCUACUUUUGCUAUAAAUUAUCGAGGUCUGCCAUUUAUGGAAAGUUUGGCACAAAAUAAGGCUCUUUUGUUCAGUCUCGUGGGCAAUUCCGCCGUCAUUUUCUUAUUGGCUUGUGGAUUUCUACCCGAUUUGGCCGUGCAGUUCGAGAUCGUAGACUUUCCAAGCCAAUUCCGUACAACACUGGUUCAAAUACUAGUCGCGGAUUUUGUCUUCGCGUACAUAGUCGACAGAGCUUGCCUAUGGCUCUUUGGCGAAGGAAGACAGCACAAACUGUGAUGAAACUACCUUUUAACAAUUACAGACUGUAUUAAAGAUUUUCUAUGUAACUUUUGUUACUGAUUCUUGUUCCACGUUAAAAGCUGACAAUUUUUAUAUUUAAGGAUCGUUAAUGUACCUGUGAAUACACAUGAAUUAUUAACCAAGUGCAUUUUGUAUUUUAUGUCGAUACGUUUUUCUUUCUUUUUUUUCGUUUAUUCAUCAUUGUGUACAAAAAUAUAAUCUGAAAAUAUAAAUAUGUGCAUUCAAUCAUUACUCGCCUAAUUGUUCAUUCUGAGCUGUCAACUUUUUCACUGUGGAACAAGAAAUAGCGCUCUAGCGAUCAUUAUUUAUUGUCGAUGAUAUUAAUCGAAGAUAUUAAUAUUUAGUGAUGUCAAUGAUCACUAUCGGUAAUUAUUUUGAUAAUUCAGUAUUGCCUUUAUACAUUAAUUGAUAAAGAAUAAUUUCACGAACAAUUUUUAUUUUUUGUCAACGUUAAUAACAAUAAAUAUUGGUCGCUUGAAAAAAAAGACGCGCGUACACGUGUACAUAACUUGUAGAUAAACAAUUCUUUUUCUUUUUUAUAGUGCAAUACCUGCACUUGGUGCAAGUUUUAAACACAGACAUAUUAUAUAUACAUAGACAUAUAAAUUUAUAUACAGAUUUAUAUAAAUUUAUAUAGAUAUAUGUUGUAUACAGAUACGCACUGAGAGAAAUAUUUUUGUAAAUUUUAAAUUAACAAGACAGAAUCUACUGUAGCAAAUGAUUUGUUGAUGUGGGACAACAAAUAACUGUUGUAAGAACAAAUAAUUUGUUACGUUUGAUUUGCUGUUAUAACCAUUGAACUCUAAGUGAUUAAAUGUGAUUUGCUGUUGUAACCAUUGAACUCUAAGUAAACAAAUGUGAUUUGUAUCUCAGACAAUAUGUUUCUUAAAGUAACAAAUUUGCAAUGGUAACUGUUUUUUUUUUUUUUUUAAGUUAACCCUCCUUUUGUUUUAGCAACAAAAAUUUUUUCUCAGUGCUUACACAGAAAGCUUAUGGUUGUAAUUAAAACUCAUACGUGAUUAAACGGAAACGUAAAAUGUUCACGAAUGGCAUUUUACGUAAAUAAUUUCUAAUUGCGAUAUUGGAUACGACUAUACGUAGCAGUUUUUUUACGUCAACAAUUACAUUCCACUUUGAUGAUGUUGCAUGUUGCGUGAUAUAUUCACGAUUUCGCGUUCACGAAUUAGGUAUAAUUAUGUGUUUUUUCGUUCUCAGAUUUUACUAGAAGUGUGUAAUUUUAACUCUUUUUUUUGUUUCAUAUCGCUAGAUUUGUGAAGAAGGAAAGCGAAGUGACAUGUGUUUAUUCGUAUUGUGGCUAAACAUAGUUGUAUAUUAUUGUACAUUUAUAAUAAUAAUAAUAAUAAUAAUAAUAAAAUGUUUAGUCAAAAUAA